AUGCCAAGAAAGGCCAAUUUGCUGAAAUCUCUGGCAAGAGGACGAGUACGUACUUCUUUCAAUAAGUACAAUCUAUUCAAUUUAUACAAAAAGGGCAGUGUGGACUUAAAGUCUAAAUCUUUAUAUCAACAGAAAUGGACAGCAAAGCAGGAAACCCGAGCCUAUCAUGGUGAACAUUUGACAGAAAAGAGAUGGCAAAAUGCUUUCAAACCUAAGUUAGAUUCAGUAGCUCAGUUGGAUGCUUCAUUGCGUGGUGGUGAAAUCAAGGAAACUCCAUUUUUGUUGCAGACGUUUGCUGUAUUGGAAAAAAGACUUGAUUUUGCCUUAUUUAGAGCUAUGUUUGCUUCAUCCGUCAGGCAAGCUCGUCAAUUCAUUUUACAUGGUAAUGUUCGUGUAAAUGGUACAAAAAUGAAGCAUCCGAAUUAUACAUUAAAGCCUGGGGAUGUGUUUAGUGUCAAACCAGACAAAGUUCUUGAGGCCCUAGGUGCCAAAAAACCAAGUUUCGAAGAAGGACUGGCGGUUGAUAAGACUCAAAUUACUUUAUGGAAUAAAUAUGUCAAGGAGGCAAAGACAAACUCAAAAGAAGUUUGGGACAAAAAGCUGAAAAAGCUCGAAACUAUGUCAGAUUCUAAUCCAAAAAAGCUUCAAUUCCAAGAAUUUUUAAAACAAUACAACAAAAAUUUGGAGUCACAGCAAUACAAUGCUUUGAAGGAAUGUACACAGGAAGGUAUGUUGAGCAAGCUGUUGAAUGUUGAGAAAGAAAUGGGUAAGCUAGAUAACGAACCGUUGUCGAUAGAUGAGCUCAAGAAAGGCCUUCCUGAAAUCCAGAAUCCUCAGUUAUUGCAAAGUGUCCAUAGCGCUUAUCAAGACUUUUUCAACUCAGGUGAAUUGAAAAGAGAAAACCUUUUUAAAUUGAAAUCGGAGGAGAUAUCUUCAUGGGCAGCAGACUUUCUAAGUCUUAACGAAGCCACAAAGAAAGAACUAUCUGAUGGAGCCAAAUCUUCGAUUAGAUCUGGUAAGAAGACGUUAUCAGAAUGUGCCAAGUUAUGGACUAAAGAUAUAACUGCUCAUUUUAAAACUAGAAUGAGCGAUACCUCGAAUGGAUCUAUCGCGUUCGACCCCAAAUGGGCCAAAGACUUGAAGUAUCAUGAUCCACUUAAGACUUCUGAAUUGGAAAGCGACGAGCAAAAGGCACGUGGGUUAAUAAAUUUGCCAUGGCAAAGGAAUCAUGUUUAUGGUAGACAAGACGCCAAAAAACCAUUUUUCACACCAUGGAAGCCAAGACCGUUUUUAUCACCUUUUGCCAUUUUACCACAUCACUUAGAAAUAUCUUUCAAGACAUGUCAUGCUGUAUAUUUGAGAGACCCUGUUGCGAGACCAGGCCAAUCUGAAGUCAUUUCGCCAUUUGAUGUCCCUGUUCACGAACGUGCGUAUAUGUACUACUUAAGAAACGGUAAAUGA